UUUGUGUUACCGAAUAACGCCGCUUCGAUCAAUCUGGACAUGGUGAAAUCAAGCGUCGAGCGGUUGGAAGGUACCCUCGGGGUGAUCUGGAAACCAUAUGCCCUUACAUUCAAUCGAAUGUUCGCCAUCGAGGCCACUCCGAGACCGGGCCUCACAGUCAAACAGGUCUUGGACUACAUAAUCGAGAAAGGCCGCUUGCGAUACCGGUUCACGCCCUCGGUCCAGGGGUGCACCUUUUGGGUC